AGAAAGAGAUGGGUUACAGAGGACUAUUCACGGUGGCGGUGGCAGCGAUGUUAGUGACGACGGCGGUGGGGUCUAGUCGGUUGAUAACACCGGCCAUGGUACAAGAACAGUACCACUCGACCGACGUUGCGACUGGUUUAUGCGCUGUCUCUGUUCUUAUCCACGGCUACAAGUGCCAAGAAUUCACCGUGGAAACUAAAGAUGGUUACAUAUUAAGUGUCCAGAGAAUCCCUGAAGGCCGUGCAGGCGGCGGCGCCGCCGCCGGGGCUGUCCCUAAACAGCCCGUUUUGUUACAACAUGGUUUUCUUGUGGACGGUUCUUCAUGGGUAUUGAAUUCUCCAGAAGAGUCAUUACCGAUGAUACUAGCCGACAAUGGUUUCGAUGUUUGGAUUGUCAACACCAGAGGAACCGCCUACAGCCGCCGCCACGUCUCCCUUGACACCCGUCAACAAAAAUAUUGGGACUGGUCAUGGGAUGAAAUCGCCGCCUACGACUUGCCUGCCGCCAUUGAUUUCGUUUACACCACCACCGGAAAACACAAGAUCAACUACGUCGGCCACUCACUAGGAACCCUCGUAGCUCUGACAUCCUUGUCAGAACGAAACCAAAUAGACAAGUUGAGAUCGGCUUCUUUAUUAAGCCCAAUUGCUUACUUAAGUCACAUGAAGACCGGUCUCGGCAAUAUAGCUGCAAGAUCCUUACUUUCAGAGGCUUACAAGAUUCUGGGCAUUGCCGAAUUCGAUCCAUUAGGGUACCCGGUGAAGGAAUUCGUGAGGUUGAUAUGUGCUAAACCUGGUAUAAGUUGCUUUGAUUUGAUAGCAGCAAUCACAGGAAAGAAUUGCUGUCUAAAUACUUCAUCAAUCGAUCUCUAUAUAAAGAGUGAGCCUCAACCCACAGCUACUAAGAAUGUUAUUCACUUGGCUCAGACUGUACGAUCUGGGAUAUUGUCGAAGUAUGAUUAUGGAAAUGCACUUUCGAAUAUUGUGCAUUAUGGGCAAUUUAGCCCUCCAAUCUACAAUCUGGCUAACAUUCCUCAUAAUUUCCCUCUUUUUCUAUCCUACGGCGGCAAUGAUUAUCUCUCCGACACAGAAGACGUCAACAAUUUACUCCACACCCUUAGAGAUCACGAUCGAGAUAAGAUUACUGUCCACUACGUUCCAAAUUAUGGCCAUGUUGAUUUUGUCUUGGGCCUCACAGCUAAAGAUGUCGUUUUCAACCAAGUUGUCGCAUUUCUCAACAACCCAGUAUUUUAAUUUUUAAUUUACAUACAUUAUCUGAUCCUUGUUGAAUGAAUCUGUAAUGUUGAAUGGUGAAUGUAAAGCAUAAAUCUUAUUUUUCAAAUUUAUUACAAUA